GUCGUGUGAGAGAAAGUGUAGCCACGUGGGGUAGUUGUGUUUUUGGUUGUAAUUUAAUUGUAGUUUUAAACGAUUUAGCGAGAGGACUGUGCACUGACAAAUAAAGUGUAAGCAAAAUCUAUCAGCUCAUUAUAGAUAGAAAACGGAAUUGAUUUUCAUAAAAAUCAAAAAGAAAAGGUUUUGAAACCAAGAAGUUGAGACUAAUGGCAGGGUUAUCUCCACGCACAAUUGCUGUGUGUGCUAUCCCUGCUCUUAUUGCCAUUUUGUCCAUUAUUUGGUUGAGGAAAAACCGAAAGAAAUCACCUAAACGGGACAGAAGUCUUGUAAACAAACAUCUAGAACAGGAAAGAGAAGGUGAUUUACCUUUCGUUGCUCCAGUUGCAUUUCCAACAACCACUAGGACUCUAUCAGGAGGUGAAGAAGAUGUCUCUAAAAUACUUGCUACGAGAAACUUAAAUGAAGAGUUUGAAGGAUUGCAUAAAAUAUGCAAGGAGGAUGAAUUGUGUCAGGUUCGUGAUGAUAAGUUGUAUGAAUCAGAGAAUCCAAAACAGAAAGUUGAGCCAGAAAUUGUGAGAAAACAUGUUAUCAAAGAUGAAUCUUACCCAAAAUUAAGUGGUAUUAUUACACCGAACAAAGAGAGGGAGUUAAUUAAUGAAAUCAUUCAUGCUGAUAAGCAGUGCGGUGAUAAAGGAGACACUGAAAGUACUUCACUGCAGCCUCUAUGUAUCGGCAAAGUUCUUGAUCAGGAUUUUGCUAGUAGUGUAUCUAAGAGUUCGGGGGAAAAACCAGAGAUCUCUGAAGAAAAUAUCGAUUUGGCUGAAAUCAUCACAGUACAGUAUAAUAAAAAACAAACCAGAAAAAAUGAAAGUGCCGUAUUUACCAAUGCAGAAACAAUAGAUGAAGAACAUCUAUUUGAUGAAGAACAUGUUAAAAAAAACAGUGAAAAGAAUGAAAGUGAGAGAAAUUUUCAAGAAGAUGCUAAGAAGAAUGUUACAGAUGAUUCUCUCACCUUUGUACUGAAAGAAAGUAUACAUUUCCCCUCAGACAUCGGCAUUAAUAAGUCAGAGUUGAACAUGUUAAGAACUUCUGUGGUUUCAGGAAAUCAUGGUAGUGUUGAUGAUUUACGACACAAUUCAGUUUCGUGGACAGAGGAAUGUGCACAGCUUCCAGAACUCUGUAAAGAAUCGCUUGAUAGUCAUUUAAUAAAUGCAGAAUCAACAAAAAAUUUCUUAAUUUCUGCUCAUUUGAGUAAACAAAAUGGCAUACAAGAUCAAACUGAUCACGUGACCCGCAUCUAUGAAACGCAUGUAAUCAGAACAGAUGUUAAUUCAGAAGUUCAGGAAGUUCAAACUGUAAACGUGGAAGGUGAUAAACAAAAAAAAUUGCACUUAUCUCAGUUGAAAGAUGAUAACGACGUAUCCUAUACAGAGGAUACAGAUUGUACAAUUCAUAAAUUGGACACUCGUACAGUUUCAUACCAGAAUCCUCAGGUACGCUCCGAAUCACAUACCCACAGUGCUGUUCCUAUCUAUGAUGCAAGUAACCUUUUGGACGUAAGAAAUGUUGACAGUCCGCCUCAUGGUACAUUGUCUGAUGGCUUAAGCGAGGGAUCAAGUGACAGUGGUAAAGGAGGUAGCGAUAUUCAGUUUGGAGCUGAUUCUUUACAAACAUCGCAGGCUGAAUCGAUGAUCACUGUGUAUGAGUUUGAAAUCCCCCAAGAUCUUUGUGGUCGCUUGAUUGGACGGCAGGGAAAACAUGUCAAUUACAUUAAAAGCUGUUCGAAUGCUAAUGUAUUCAUCAAAAGACAUCUUUUCAAUCCUCGCAUGAAACUAUGUGCUAUUGAAGGUACAGAAGCAGACAUCAAAACUGCUCUACAUUUAAUUAGGAAGAAGUUUCCUCUGACUCACUAUCCCACGGUUACUCUUGUUCAAGUUAAUGUUCCUCUUACGUGUGGUAUUCCUGUACCAGAGACUUUGCAGCUUCUUCUUCCAGAAGGGGUAUCAUGUGAUACCAUUUUGUCCAGCAUGGUUACAGCUGGUCACUUUUUUCUUCAGCAGCCAACACACCCAACUUACCCAUCUUUGAGCCAACUUGACCAAUGUAUGACUACAUGUUACAUACAGGUGGACACUCCUCCCCUUCCUCAACCUGUCGAAGCAAGUGUAGUAUGUGCAGCUCCCAUGAUGGGAGGAUGGUUCAGAGCCCAGAUAAUGUAUGUACAUGAAAACAUGGAAGAGUGUGACAUCAAAUUUGUAGAUUAUGGAGGAUAUUCAAGAGUUCCAGUAUCUUCUUUGAGACAGAUAAGGAGUGAUUUUAUGACAUUGCCUUUCCAGGCAACUGAGUGUUAUCUGGCAAAUGUAAAGCCUAUAAAUGAUGAAGUUGCAUGGUCUCUAGAAGCUUGUGCCACGUUUGAAGAAUUAGCUCAAGGACAGAUUCUCCAAGCUAUGCUCGUCGCAUACGCUGAAGACGGUGUUCCAUAUGUUCAUCUGUACAGAGUUCAAGGGUUAUCGACAUUGUUCAUCAAUCGUGAACUAGUGAAUCGUGGAGUAGCACAGUGGAUUGAACAUCAGGGUUGAUUUCAUUUUCAAUUCUGUUUCCAUUAUUUUUCGCGUGCGGCAGCAUCGUUCAAAUCUUUUGUAACAAUCAACCAUGAGAGUAGCUAAUGUUUCCUGUUUAAGGUAGUAGCUGACAAGUGUGUGACGAACUCGGGUAUUCUGUCUUUGACUUAAUACUACAGAAUGUCAUUUUCAUUUCUGGUAAUUUAUGUGUGAAUCUUUUGUGAUCUAUAAUUUAUAGUAGCGUGUGGUAUAAUGGUACAAAUAGACGUUUGAAUUGUUUUUCUUUAGUUUUGGGAGUGAGAGCCUUUUUUCAUAGUUGAUGAUUUAUCUACUAGCUGAAUGGUUUUGCUUGAAUGUUAUGUAUAGUGAUUUAAAACUUUAAUUAGGAGUUAGAAUCACAAGAACUUUAACAGUGAUAAACUUUAUUAUUAUUGAGUAAUUUUGAAGUUAGCAUUCAAUAUUGUAUAGUUUGGAGUUUUAGUUUUAAACAUUUUUCCGGAAGUAACUACAAACUUGCCAAGACUUCAGCACGUUAAAGAAUUGUAGAUGUUAUUAGUUUGUAUAUUAUAGACACAGGUUAGAAUAUCAUAACAUUUUACCACAUUUUUUAUGGUAUUCAUUAUUGAUGAAAACUGAAUACUUUAUUUUCCCAAAUCAUCAAGUUUUUUCUUGUAUAGAUGAGAAAAAUUAGUGUUACAGUAUCUUUCAUUUUUGUAAUUUUUUUAUUUUUCCAAACAAAAGUAUUGAAAUCAUUUUUUGUAUGUAGUAUAAUGCAGUUUCAUGAGAAAAUGUUCCAAGAUAAAGCAGCUUACAGAUUCAUGAGAUGUUCUAAGAUAAAGCAGUUUACAGUUUCAUGAGGUGUUGUAAGGUAAAGCAGUUUACAGUUUCAUGAGAAUAUGUUCUAAGAUAAAGCAGUUUACAGUUUCAUGAGGUGUUGUAAGGUAAAACGUUUACAGUUUCAUGAGGUGUUGUAAGGUAAAGCAGUUUACAGUUUCAUGAGAAUAUGUUCUAAGAUAAAGCAGUUUACAGUUUCAUGAGAUGUUCUAAGAUAAAGCAGUUUAUAGUUUCAUGAGUAGAUGUUCUAUAAAGAAAUAGAAAUCCCAUUUGCUAAAAGCAUGAAAAUGAAUUCAAGAAAUUAACAACGUAAAGUCUGGAGUUAAAAGGUCGCAUAUAAUUUAAAAUUUGAAAAUAAUUUAUUUUUUCUCCAAAAUAUCAUUUAACCUUAAUAUGUCUGUGUUGAUAUAAACGUGUUGCUCAGUUGAGUUCAAUAAUUGUUUAGGUAAAAAUGUUCUCAUAAAAAAAAAAAGAUAUUUAAACUUACAAGCACUAAAACAAAUAUAUAGUAUAAAAUUAACUUUUG